CGCUUCACAUCUCAUUGUCGCCAUUUUUAGGUGGAAAUUUUUGAUAGGAGUUAUAACUAAAUUUAUUUUUGGAGUAAUUUACCGGUAUAUAACCGUUUGAGUGAGAUGUCUACCAAGGGUAUUGGUAAUUAUUUUCAGAAAGAAACAAAUAUGGUUUACUCAAAGAAUUUAUUUGCUGAAAUAAGUAAACAGUUUGGUAUACUCCCUGGGUCAGAAGGAUUGAACAAUAUCUCUGAAGUUGUUGACGAAACCACACAAACACCGGGAAGUAGUUCUCCACUGGAACAAGUUCGACGAGAUGCCGAAAUAAUUGCACAUGAUCUACUUAUGAACUUUAUUGUUGAUGAAUCUAAAAAAGCAACCAACAGAUACUGCAAAACCAUGAGAAGAACAGUAAAAGAAUUAUCUGAACGACAUGACCUGUCGUUCAAAGGAAUGGUAAACAAACUCAAGGUCGAAGAAACCAGUCCUUUCCAGACUUUUGUCAGUGUAGCAGACGAAAUAUUUGAUGAUGGACAAAUUAAUUGGGGUAGAAUUGUGGCAGUUUACGCUUUUGCAGCGCGCCUUUCUAAAUAUUGCAGAGAAAAAGAUUUAAAUGAAUUUCCAGCUAAAGUUUCCUUAUUUGUCGGAAAAUAUGUGGGAAGCAAGUUAGGGAAGUGGAUUUUAGACAAUGGUGGAUGGGAUGCUUUUGCUGAAUAUUUCCCAGAUCAAGGUGAAGUAGAAGAAAAAAUGUGGAAAGGACUAUUUUUUACGGCUGUUGGACUUGGAGCCUUAGCUACAGUUGUUGCAACACGAUAGAAAAUUGAACACUGUGAUCAAUGAAUUAAAAACUGUUCUAUACCGGUUAGAGAUCUGACGAAAUUCAAUAUGUGACUGAUAGAUAAGUGUGAAAAGACCUGAAGCAAAGAAAGAUACUAAUAUACUUCCUGGUAGAAAUCAACAGACCAAAUCAGAAUAUUAAAAUGUGAAAUUCCCUUUCUAUUUUUAUGACUAGCACCGGUAGUAGGCAUUAGGAGAAUAUAAAAUAGGACAUAUUCUUCUAUGCGUCAACAACUGUUACUUUUUCAGUUUCGAUUAUGGUUUUCAUUAAAAUAAUAGAAGAAUACAUAUAACUAAAUAAUUCUGGUUUAUCUGUUAUGAGUACAAUUGUUUGUAAUACUAAUUCUAGGAGAUAAUUAUACGCUUAUUUCUUUUGUUAUUUAGCACUUUUUAACACCAGAUACAAUGUAUAUGUAUGGUCUUUUAUUUUCAGUUUCACAAUAAUUUUCGUGGUAUGAGGUUGAAUGAGUGUAUGUUCGGAAUGGUUGAAAAAUGAAAGUAUAGUGUUAUUUUUUAAAUAUAUAUUUUUUUUUAUCCAUUUUAAAUUACCAAAUUUGAAUGUUGUCAAGACUGGUUUCAUUUCGAGAAGUGUUGAGAAUUAUUAUAAAUCAACACAUCAUUAUUUAUUUACUACAUAUGUACACUAUGCUCUGAUACACAUUCAUUAUAUUUAAUACGUUAUGUACGAAUGUGUGGUCAGUCAUAUAUGAUGUUGUACGUCGGUAUGUAGAAUUGUCAAUAGAACGCUUUGUUUCAAUGUGUUUGUUGUUCAAACUAGACAGAUGAUAUUGUAUUAAAUGGAUUCAGGGUUGAAUUUUCCCAAAUCCAUCUAUAUAUGACGUAAAACCAUGUAUGUGUGUCUUCUAAUUAGUUGACCCGUAAAUGGCUUAUAUUUUUUAAAACUUGAACAUUUCUUUGACAAUGUACAUGUAGCUGUUUGUUAAAGUGAUAUUUGUUGGUUGUUUCUAUAGGAAGUAAUAAGGUAAUAUCUGUUAUUAAAUGUCGGUUUAUAAUUAAGUAGUUAAUGGAUUGUAAAGCCGAUGUAAGGAGAACUAUGUGUUGGAAUAGUGAUUGAUUGUGCCAAUUAAUUUAAUAUGUACUGCUUUUGAUAUUAUGAUGGUUUUGUGAAAUCUGUGAGAUGUUUGUUGGAUGUUAAUGUUUGCUGGUUAAUGUGAACACAUGUUAAUCUGAAAAUGAGGGCAAAGCAAACUGUGAGUUGGUUUCAAAAGUUGAUCAUAUCUGAUUUUCUCCUAUAAUAUAUGUAUAUGUAUGUAAUAAUAAUCAUCUGUACAAUUUUCUUUUCAUUUAUAAUACUGUUGUAAAUAUCCUAUUUGAAUAACAUCAUAUAAGUAGAUUUAUAUAAAGUAUGGCUAUGAUUUAUAGAAGACCCUUAAUCACAAAGACUUGAAACUUUGCUACAUAUAUAUGAAUUUAGUUAUAUAACUUAUACUUAUUAAUUGUAGUACAUUGAUUAUAACUACAGAUUCAGAUUCCACUUUCUGUGUACUUCAUAAUCAAAGUGAUAUAAUUAUUUGUAUAUUGAUUAAUUAUUAUAUAUGUAUAACCUAUGUGUACCAUGAGUACGAAUAAACUAUUAUUAUUAUUAUUAUUAUACUUAUCUAAAGUAUACAUAAAAUAGUUUAAUAACCACUGAUUACACCCAUCUUAUCAAAUAAAAACAGCUAUGGCUUCAAAUUAAGUAGAACACAAUGGAUAGUUAGGAAGGCUUCGUAUUAAAUUGAUUAAUGAAGAGGCUUGACUGUCUUCGAAUAAUAAUUCUGAUCAGUUAUCUAGGAAGUUAAAUAGUGUUGUGUAUGUUAAUAAGAUUUGUGGUAUAUGUUGCGUGGAUAAGUUCAGUCAUGAGUCUUUAGUUUUAAUUAACAUCUUCCUGUUACUAGAAUAUAUUUGCUCUUUUUUCUCUAUGGAGAAAUUUGAUGUGUAUUGAUAGGACAAGAGUCUUAUUCUUGAUGUGAAUAGUUUUAAUUGUUGAUCCCUCAGCUCUACAACCCAUUAAACCAGGUCUGUUCAAGUAAACAUUGGAGAGUGCUAGGGGUCUGUGCAAUAAUAAAGUGUAAAUAUGAUCAAAA